AUGUCUCCUCGCCCUGCAUCUGCUACUAUUCCACAUCGUACAUCAGUCUCCUCUACCACCUCCUCCCAACCCUCUCAGUCCUCUCAGCAGUCUCGAUCCCAAACCCAGCCACAGAGACUCACCGCCCAGCAACUCGCCGAGCGAGUCAUUUCGCCAGGCUCCAUCUUGUUUCACCACUCGGCCACCCCUCUUCCAGCACGACAACGUCUCCAAGAGAGGGGCCACACCGAGAUGGAUCGGAGGCAUCCUAGUUCCUUCCAGCAGUUGGAGAAGCUUGGUGAAGGAACCUAUGCCACCGUUUACAAAGGUCGCAACCGACAGACCGGCGAACUGGUAGCCCUCAAAGAAAUCCACCUCGAUUCAGAAGAAGGCACUCCUUCAACCGCAAUCCGAGAGAUCAGUUUGAUGAAAGAGCUCAAGCAUGAAAACAUUGUCACCCUCCACGAUGUUAUUCACACCGAGAACAAACUCAUGCUAGUGUUUGAGUACAUGGACAAGGAUCUAAAGAGAUACAUGGACUCGAGAGGUGAUCGAGGGCAACUGGACCACCCCACCAUCAAGCGAUUUAUGCAAGACCUGUUCAGAGGCACCGCCUUCUGCCACGAAAACAGAGUCCUUCAUCGAGACCUGAAGCCGCAGAACUUGCUCAUCAGCACCAAGGGUCAGUUAAAACUGGCGGAUUUUGGUUUGGCGCGCGCUUUUGGAAUCCCCGUAAACACAUUUUCCAACGAAGUGGUGACGUUGUGGUACCGAGCCCCGGAUGUGCUGCUUGGAUCUAGGACCUACAAUACCAGCAUUGACAUCUGGUCAGCCGGUUGUAUUAUGGCGGAAAUGUAUACGGGGAGACCUCUAUUCCCCGGCACGACAAACGAAGACCAACUGCAGAAGAUCUUUAGAUUGAUGGGUACACCUUCGGAGAGGACCUGGCCAGGGAUUUCGCAACUGCCCGAGUACAAGAGCAAUUUUCCCUCGUACGCAACACAGUCCCUUGCUAUUCUAUUGCCUCAAAUCGACCAACUUGGACUGGAUCUAUUGAGCAAAUUAUUACAGCUGAGACCCGAGAAUCGCAUCAGCGCCCAAGAUGCACUGCACCACCCUUGGUUCCAGGAUUUACCCAACUACGCAGGCCAUGGACGCGCACACGUAGCAGCUACGAUGCAUCAACCGGGUCAAAUCCCCCAACAGGGAGGGGUCAGUGGAGGAUACGGCACACAGCCUGGCAUGGUACCAGGAGGAUACUAG